AUGCGACACCGCGUUCGAUCAGGAGCCCACUUUUUCCCCUUCCUGGUCGCCCUCUGUAGCUGCUCCCCAGCCUUCGUCAUUUCCGCGCCGCCCUCGUCUGAAUGCAAGUGUCGAGCUUUCUUGCUUCAUCUUACUUUUCAUCGUCUAUUGAUUUCAACGGUCGCCUCGAACUACACCUACGCCUACAUAAAUUUGCGCCAUUAACGAGAUUGUAAUCGGUCACGCUACAACUUUGUCACCACUAGCCGCAUAGCUCCAUCUGGACUGAUACGCGAAGCUACACGAACAGCAGCUAUUCAGCGCCCCCUCCCUCGUUACAUCAACCACCACCGCAACUCACAUCCAUCAUGUUCACAUCUGCCGGUAGAUCUCUGGCGCUGCGAGCCUUGAGCUCUGCUGCUCCUUCCACAGCCGCUAGAAUUGCGCCCGUCACACUGCGCGCGCUGCCUAUCCGCACCGCCCCCGUCUCGCGCAGCUUCACCGUCUCAUCCUGGAACCAAUCGACUGCCACCGAGGGCGAGAAGAAGAAGAAGAAGAAGAAGCCUGCCGCCAAGAAGAAGAAGGCUGCGCCCAAGAAGAAGAAAGUUGCCAAGAAGCCUCUGACCCCCGAGCAGAAGGAGAAGAAUGAGAUUCGCGAUCUCAAGACACGCGCGCUCCUCAACGGCCCUUCGCUGCUCCCCGAGACGUCGUGGGCUGUCUACCUGGCUGAGAACCCGGCCUCUGGCGAGUCCACACUUGUGGAAAAGGUCAAGCAACUUUCUUCCUCUUUCAAGACCAUUUCCGAUCUGGAGCUCAACCGCUUGAAGAACAUUGCCGCUUCCAACAAGGACGCUAACCAGGACACCCGUCGCGACUGGGUCGAAUCAUUCCCGCCUGAGGUUAUCUACACCGCCAACUUGGCCCGUCGCCGCCUCGCGAAGAAGCUUGACAAGUCCCGCGUCUACGUCAUUCACGAUGAGCGCCUGCCCAAGCGCACCGGUAACGCCUACACUGCAUUCGUCAAGUCCCGCUACUCCAACAGCGGAGGCAGCCCUACCGAGAACUUCAAGGCCGUUGCCCAGGAGUGGAAGGAUCUCAGCGAGCACGAGAAGUCCCAGUACAAGGACGCUGCCGCCACCAGCUCCGCAGAGAUUGGCGCCGCCAUGAAGGAGCUCCGCGUCAAGGGUGAAGCCUACUGGAAGGCAAAGAAGGCCGAGGCUAAGGCUGCCAAGAAGUCGUCUUGAAUAUGAAACAGUGGCUGACGACUUCCCACGCAUGAUACGACUACGUAAAACACUGAAAACAAUUCUUUAAAAAAAACAUGACCGCGAGGUUUAGCUGUAGCGGCAAAACGCAUCGUAGCAAAAAAGAGCUGUAAGUGAGCGUGAGCCGCUAUAGCGAGGAAUGCAUAUACUUUGCGUUGGCAUAUUCUCACAUCUCUCUUCUUACUUGAUACUAUAGUUUCCUUUGUCAUCUGUCACUGGAGGAGUAUUGGGCCUUCUUCUACUUGCCUAGGUUCUUUGUUUCUCCUUUGGGAUGCGGGUUAGGCGGAGAGAAAAUCCAUGUACACUAGCGCAGUUUUUGUUUGCGGGUUUGAAAUGAUUACUUCUUUUUAAUAUGCUUGUCAUUACCAAUUGCCUUCGUGUCCUUAUAAAGCACCCUUCUGAUAUUCCGUCGUAAAAUGCCUACCGUGUUGUAUACCAGUUCCCAAUACUUAGACACCCCCAAACUCCAUAAAUCAAUCAAUGUUCCCAUGCAUUUACUGUUCCCACCCAACAGGCUGUACUGUAAUCAGCACUUCUCCAUCAGCUCCAUACCAGCUUGCACCUCUGGUUUUUAUGUGUCGGCCACUGGCAAGAUAGGCAAGCAAGUACGUAUGCUUUGCCACGUGUGCCCAGCUGUAUAUCCGUAGCCAAUCACCCGACACGCUGCCCCUUCUACACCACACGCCCCAGCCAGCGAGUCCGCCUUGGAUGUAAUUGGAAAGGAAGCUCCAAGCUUCGUCCUGCACGUGUGGCGGCCACGAGGAGCAAUCCACCAGCCAGUACCCUCGAUCAAAAGGUUGUAUAGACUGACUCCCAUACACAGGCUUAUAUCGGGAGGACAAAUCUGAAGCCAACUUUUCAAGCUUUGGAGGAAUAAGCGAAUGUGGUUCCAGGAUCUGAACCGACACUGGAGGCGAUGGAGGCCGGAUGGCGAGCGUGAACGAUGUUGAAGGUGAAGACUCCCCACUAUGAGGCAACACAGAAUCACUAGAACUUCGUAUCACCGUGGGAGUGUCGGAGCCAAGAUACUUUAGACGCUUCGAGGCCAUAGGCUCAGACUCAGAGCGGACGUGUGCGGGCCGUCGAGCCGAGAUUGGUAUAGGUUGGGCGAGGGGCGGCGUCGAUGAUAUAGAGUCAUUGUCGAUGCUGCUUGAUAUAUGUGUGACUUCUAUUCUGGACGUAUCUGGGUCGGUAUCUGGAGCUGGACGCUUUUUCGAAACGGCUUGCUGCGCUAGAGGUGUUCCUGGGAUGCAGCCUUGCAGUAGCUGCAUACGAGUAGACUGCAUUGCCUGCACGCUUUCUAUGCGAGACUGCGGCAACGUAGGCGGUGCUGAUUCGCGGGUUCGUCGUGUUGGGGAGGGAGUUGGUGGCGAUGAAUCGUCUGAGAUGAUGCUUGCGCUAAUAUAUCGUCGUAAGACCUUGGUUGGAGAAACGCGGACAACACCUUUGUUUGGAGAUGUAUAAGAGUCUCCAAUCUCGCUGGGGGGAGUUGCAUGGUUUUGUACCGGGACAGACUGCGGAUGCGUGUCCGUAUCUGGCUGGGAGCCUAUCAGUCGUACAAGAGGCGAUGAAUGGUUUCCAAAUGCACCGGUGAAGCUGAGUUCUUGGGAAUCGCGACACAGGGCUUCCACAGGCGGGGAGACUUGUGACACGCCAUCCUGGCUGGCUGUGUUGUCCUGUGUGUGAUUCAAAGGUAACUUGGUGGAAGAGAUGUGCUGUCUGUUCUUUGGUUUGAAGGACAGAUAGGACUGGGCGAGCUGUCUGUAGUAUGUGUCGUCUGAUGAUUUGCUUGGUGCGGCGACGUGCACAAGGAUCUCGACCUGCGAGGACGAGCUCAUGCUUGGAAGGGUGUAAAAGGAAUAGAGAGGAGGAGUACCAUGUUAGGGAACCAGAGGGUAUUUUGUAGAGUGGAAGCUAAAACUUUCACUCUGUCACGCUGAUAGAGUUGUGUAAGUUAUGCUGAAUGCUGACUUUCUCGUGACUGCAGGCUGUGUCUGAGAGCGAUUGCAGUGUCCUUCUUAUAUCCCCAUCUGCUGGGGUCAGACAGAAGGAAACCGACAGGCCAGCAAUCAAUGCAGCAGCAGGCAGCUUCCGCGGCAAGGCGAAUUCCUCUGGUGCUGUUUGCAG